GAGAUCCGCAAGCCUCCUGCCCUUGAGAUCGCUGGGCCAGCCCACAGAGGUCUCCACAGCAUGUGGGAACUCCGGUCCAUAGCCUUCUCCAGGGCCGUGUUUGCAGAGUUCCUGGCCACACUCCUCUUCGUCUUCUUUGGCCUGGGCUCGGCCCUCAACUGGCCACACACCUUGCCCUCCGUUCUGUCAAUCGCCAUGGCCUUUGGCUUAGCUAUUGGCACCCUGGUGCAGGCCCUGGGCCACAUCAGCGGGGCCCACAUCAACCCUGCUGUGACUGUGGCCUGCCUGGUGGGCUGCCACGUCUCCUUUCUCCGGGCUGCCUUCUACGUGGCUGCUCAGCUGCUGGGGGCUGUGGCAGGGGCUGCCCUGCUUCAUGAGAUCACACCGCCAGCCAUCCGAGGGAACCUGGCUAUCAAUGCCCUCAACAACAACGCAACAGCUGGCCAGGCCGUCACUGUGGAGCUUUUCCUGACCUUGCAGCUGGUGCUCUGCAUCUUUGCCUCCACCGAUGAGCGCCGUGGAGACAACCUGGGCACCCCCGCCCUCUCCAUUGGCUUCUCUGUGGCCCUGGGCCACCUCCUUGGGAUCCACUUCACUGGCUGUUCCAUGAAUCCUGCCCGCUCCCUGGCUCCAGCCGUUGUCACCGGCAAAUUUGAUGAUCACUGGGUCUUCUGGAUCGGACCCCUGGUCGGCGCCAUCUUGGGCUCCCUCCUCUACAACUACGUCCUGUUCCCGCCCGCCAAGAGCCUGUCGGAGCGCCUGGCCGUGCUCAAGGGGCUAGAGCCGGACACCGACUGGGAGGAGCGCGAGGUGCGGCGGCGGCAGUCGGUGGAGCUGCACUCGCCGCAGAGCCUCCCGCGGGGCAGCAAGGCCUGAGCGCCCCGGGCG